AUGAGCACCACAUUUACAUACGUGUCUACUGGAUGUAUUGGCCCGAUGACCUACCUUCUAGAACUCUUAUUGACAGAAAAUAUGUCCAAGGUCGUCAGCCAUACCACGGUGCCGAUGAGCUGA